AUGGUAGGCGAAUGCAGCAGCAGCAGCUGGCGUUGCUGCAGCUGGCGUUGCAACGCCAGCUGGGCCGACAACCGGCAGCGCCUCGCGGAAUGCGCGGUUGGCUUCGGCAGCGGCACCCUCGGCGGCAAGAGCGGCAAGACGUACGUGGUGACCGACCCCAGCGACGACGCCGACCCGGCGAGCCCGGCGCCGGGCAAGCUCCGCUACGGCCUCGUCCAGAAGGAGCCGUUGUGGAUCACGUUCGCGCGCGACAUGACCAUCAGGUCGAAGCAGGAGCUGCUCGUCGCCUCGCGCAAGACCGUCGACGGCCGCGGUGCGGACGUGGUCGUCGGCGACGGUGGCACCUGCUUUGUUGUGCGAAACGUAAGCGACGUCAUCAUCCACGGGAUCACCAUACGCGGCUGCAGGCCUGCACAGGCGACAUCGUCGGAGUCGGACGAUGAGUCGGACGAGGGUGACGGCAUCGCCGUCUUCCACUCUACGAAUGUGUGGGUGGACCACUGCACGCUCGAGGCCUGCGCCGACGGCCUCAUCGACGUCACGGGCGCCUCCACGAACGUGACUCUGUCCAACAUCCUCAGGAACCAUAACAAAGACGAUGCUGCUUGGGCACAGCGACGAUUUCACCGAUGA